UAGUAAUUGUAAAACACUUCAAAAAAGAAAAGAAAAGGAAAAUGAAACAGUUCAUCAACGUGAGGCACGUCUUGCACGUGAUCGGGAAAAUAAGCGCAAAAAAAAGCAUGAUGAAAGCAAUGUAGCUACAAGUAGUACAACUGCAAAUAUUAGUGUGGUGAAUGCUAAUAUUACAAAUGUUGUAGUAGAAAGUAAUAAUGUUCCUGCUACAAAUUUUGAAUCAACAUCGGCCACUACGAUCAAUGAAGAUGAGUGCAAACGCUUGAAGAAGUUUCGCAGUAAAAUGAAUAAGCUAAAACACGUUCAUUGCCCGACGUGUAACGAAUACUUUUUAUCCAUUGUGCUUGUAAAUGGAAAAUGCCAUCGUUGUCAUACUGAAAAGACAGAACUCAAAAAGCUUUCACAGCUUCAAACUGAUGAAGACUCAAGUAACGAGGACUCAAAUGAUGGCAUUUACAACGUAAGGAUACCACCAUUAAUAACGCUAUUGAGCAUGUACAGGCCGAAAAUCCUAUAG